UGCCGCCUGGUGCCACCUAUAACAACCGCUUUUCCUAUGCUGGUGUGCCCUGGCAGGACUUAGAUUUUGCUGGUGAUGAGAAGGGGCUGUGGGUUCUCUAUGCCACUGAGGAGAGCAAGGGCAACCUGGUUGUGAGUCAUCUCAACACUAGCACCCUAGAAGUGGAGAAAACCUGGCGUACCAGCCAGUACAAGCCAGCCCUGUCAGGGGCCUUCAUGGCCUGUGGGGUGCUCUAUGCCUUACACUCACUGAACACCCACCAAGAGGAGAUCUUCUAUGCUUUUGACACCACCACCGGGCAGGAGCGCCGCCUCAGCAUCCUGUUGGACAAGAUGCUGGAAAAGCUGCAGGGCAUCAACUACUGCCCCUCAGACCACAAGCUGUAUGUCUUCAAUGAUGGUUACCUGAUAAAUUAUGACCUCACCUUCCUGACAAUGAAGACCAGGCUACCAAGACCACCCACCAGGAGGCCCUCUGGGGCUCAUGCUCCACCAAAACCUGUCAAACCUAACAAGGCUUCCAGACCCUGAGACCCCAGGGCUAGGCAGAGCAUUGGUAGAAGUGUGCCCUCUUCCUUACCUCCAGGAGGACCACAUCCCAAAGUGGCCAUUGGUCCUAAUGAUUGGAAGACUGAUUAUAUCUAGUGAGUUCUUUAUGUAAUUAAUAUCUCAAUCAGUACAUUAAGGUUCCCUUUAAUAAUGGUCUAGGUGGAUUUGAUAGGGAAAAAGUAAAAUAUUAGCUAAGAAAAUGGUACCCUCUCUUUCUGAUGCUUUGGCAUCUCAUAUUCCUUUUUUCAUAAAUCCAGCUCCCGGAACUCAAGAGUUCUGUGAUCUAGAAUUGUCAGUCUCAGGUUGGGAACAUCUGAUUCCAGUGCAGAAGCUGCAGGGCAGCUGGUCAUUAGAGUAGGAUAGGAAAGUUCCCUUUCUUAUCUCCACCUUCCUGUGAGGUCCCUGGGGAGAAAAGGGGCACGAUCUUGCUCUGGUAAUCAAUUUUUCAUUGUCCUGGAUCGAUCUCACUUUUGAGUGCAAUUGCAAGAGAAUAGGCCUGAGUCUUGCUGUAGUAAGUUAGCAACUGGCCUUAUAGCAUGAUGAGGAUCUGACAUGGAUAGUGCUGGAGGUCUAGAUAUUCUCAAUAAAGAAUCAUUGGUUUGAUAGCAGAAGGUCUCCUGGCCAACGGCCUAUCAUCCCUUUGCUUGUCUUCAACACACUGGGAACAUAUGGGCUCAAGAUUUUUGCUUGUUCCUUAGCUAUCUGUGUGGUGCUCCUCCCUCUCCAGGCAGGUGGAUGGAAUAUAUAAAAUCUAGACCCUGAAGGCUUCCUAGUAACACAGAAUAUGCAUACAAUUUCAUAUAUACAUUCGAUAAGACAUGUACACUCUCACUCAUAUAAAUAAUUAUUUCCAUCUGCAUCUAAAUAAAAACCAAACACAAUUCUCCAAAUUUACAUGGGACCAAGAAUCCAGCUUUUUAGUUGCCUGUAUUUGUCCCCUUAAGAAUUUUACUACUAACCACCUCCUCUCCUACCUCUUGAUUUACAGACGACAUUCCCCCUUAAUGCUUUGACAUAAAGGUGGGCACACAAGAGUGGGUUAGGACAUUGAAACAAAUCAUUCUAAAACUUCUGUUAUAUUGACAUGUAGAAGAGACCAAGUGAUAUGUGAAUAAAAAGCAUAUUAUAAAUAACAGCUAAUUCACAUUUAGUUUGGCAUGUGCCUAUGAAGAGCCUUCCUGGUUAGCCCUACUCCUGCUUCCUAGGACAGAGGAAAAUUUUCCCCACCACAUGGGAGCACAAUUAAAUAUAGAAUCCCAAAAUCUAGACUCUAUAUAAGACCCAAAUUUCCAGAUCAUUAAAAAAAUUAAUGUGCUCCUUCCUAUGGGAGAGACUGCAUUCUUAUAGGAAUGUGGCUUUAUCUAUGGCUUCAGUAGACCCAACUUUUCAUACAAGUCUAACAUCCCUAUAAGGAACAUACACACACAGCAUCACACGGAAACACACAUCCCACAUUUAAAAAUAUGGUUUUUAUUUACUUUUUUGUUUUCUUACUAGUUCCAUCCGGAGAACUUUGUCCCUGUUUUCUGGAAAAUUAUUUUAUUUUAUUGUAGAGCCCUGGACCCCUAAAUAUGUCCUCCUUUCCCUAGCUGGCCCAGGGUGACUGCGAGGAUAGAGUUGACAUCACAAUAUCCCUUUUCUGAGGAUUCAUGCCCUUGGUGGGUGGGGUAGGAGGAGGGGUAGCCCUAGGAGAAGUCAUCACCACUUUGUCCACCAUGGGUGAAGUAUGAAUCAGUAGCUAUGCCAGGCCUCAGCUGGGCCACAUCUGGAGAACUGGGGUGAGGGCACAACAUCACAAAAUAUCUGGCCCCAGUCUGGUCACUCAUCCCUUUUAGGGCAACAAGGAAACUGUCCUGUGGCCUGAGAGCACAAUACCUGAGACAAAGGCCAGCAGAAACAUUUGUCUGCCCUCACCCUUUCUGCUCCAGCUUCCACCUGCUCCCCAUCUGCCCACCCACUAAAGCCCAUGUCGCAUGCCAUCUCUCGAACAUCCAGGAUGUCCCAGAGUGGAUGUCCAUCAGGUCUGCUGGCAGACAAAAAUAUCUCUUCAAGUGCCACUCGAGUGAUAGUGAAGACUGCAGGCAACCAGAAAGACUUUAUGGUAGCUGAUGACAUAUCGGUAAGGCAGUUCAAGGAGAUGCUAUUGGCUCACUUCCAAUGCCAGAUAGACCAACUAGUGCUGGUCUUCAUGGGUUGCCUUCUCAAAGACCAUGACACACUGAGCCAGAGGGGCAUCAUGGAUGGCCACACCAUCUACUUGGUCAUCAAGUCCAAGCAGGGCUCCAGAUCUCUAGCCCAUUCCUUCCGGGACCUGCCAACGAAUGAUCCCUGCCACCGGGACAGAAACACCAAAGGAAACAGCAGCAGAGUGCACCAACCAACUGGUAUGAAUCAAGCUCCAGUGGAACUGGCCCACUUUGUGGGGUCUGAUGCACCCAAAGUGCAUACCCAAAACUUGGAAGUGAGCCACCCAGAGCGCAAGGCACAGAUGCUGGAGAAUCCUAGCAUCCAGCAGCUUCUGUCCAACAUGGAGUUCAUGUGGCAGUUCAUUUCAGAACAUCUAGACACGCAACAAUUGAUGCAGCAGAACCCAGAAGUUUCCCGCCUUCUUCUUGAUAAUUCUGAGAUCCUAUUGCAGACUCUGGAGCUGGCCAGGAACCUUGCUAUGAUCCAAGAGAUAAUGCAGAUCCAACAACCUUCACAAAACCUUGAGAAUCCACUGAACCCACAGCCAUAUCUGGGCUUAGAGACAAUGCCAGGUGGGAAUAAUGCCCUGGGUCAGAACUAUGCUGGUAUCAAUGAUCAAAUGCUGAACAGCAUGCAAGAUCCUUUUGGAGGAAACCCUUUCACAGCUCUCCUGGCAGGACAAGUGCUAGAACAAGCCCAGUCUUCACCCCCACCUCCACCACCAUCACAGGAACAAGACCAGCUCACACAGCAUCCUGCAACGCGAGUCAUCUAUAAUAGCUCUGGUGGUUUAUCUUCAAACACCUCAGCCAAUGACACCCCUAACAAGGUCAACCACACUUCCAAAGCCAACACUGCUAUGAUCUCCACCAAGGGCCAGAGCCAUAUCUGUGCCACUCAGCAGCCAGCUGGGAUACCAGCCUUACCUAGCAUAGAGCUUACCCAGCAGCUUCAAGAAGAAUACAAGGAUGCCACUGUUUCUCUAAGUAGCUCCAGACAGACAUUAAAGGGUGAUCUCCAGCUGUCAGAUGAGCAGACCAGCUCCCAGAUCACAGGAGGCAUGAUGCAGUUGCUUAUGAACAACCCCUACCUGGCAGCUCAGAUUAUGUUGUUCACAAGUAUGCCCCAGCUGAGUGAACAGUGGAGGCAGCAGCUGCCCACAUUCCUGCAGCAGACACAGAUUUCUGAUCUGCUUAGUGCUUAGGCAACCCUAAAGCAUUCCAAGCAAUAUUGCAGAUUGAGCAGGCCCUCCAGCUGCUGGCCACAGAGGCUCCUGUUCUUCUGCCUUGGGUUGCACCCUACCUAUGGGACCUGGGUUGGCUUCCUGCCCCCAGCUGCAGCUAUCCUGACACAGUGCCCUGUUCCUGGAAUGUUUCAGAUACAGGUGAGCCCAAGGGACCUGAGUGCUGCCACAAGCCUGGAACAGUCCUGCAGAGGCUACAAUCCCUGGAUGGGGACCCUUCCCACCCUCUGCAAGCUCCUGAGAUUCGUUUUAGCAAACAGAUGGAUUCUCUCCAGGCCAUGGGAUUUGGGAACCACCAUGCCAAUCUACAGGCACUCAUUGCUACUGAAGGGGACACCAGUGCUGCUAUCCGCAAGCUCAAGAGAUCCCAGAGAUUCUAACCGCCAUGCCUACUUGUUUGCUUGCUACCUGCCUGCUGACCCACCUGACCAUCUCAUUUGCCUUUUGCACCUUUCCUGAUGCUUCCAGCCAGGAGAAGUCCUGGAAUAAGAGUUAUCAACCAAUGUGUCUUGUACUGAAUAAUAGAUCAUUGGCCAUGGCUGAAACAUCUGUCAAUAAAAUGGCUACACUCA